CUACAAGGAACGGUGCAAAGUUCAGACAUUUCAUUGCAUAAACUGCUAUAUCUACACAUAUCACUGUACAACAUCAAUAGUGUUUUGUCAGUUUGUGAAAGGUGCACAAAUUAAACUUGUGUUCAUAUUUGUGUUCAUAUUUGCGAUAAUCUUUUGACCAGAUUUAGAAAGCUUGAAUCACACAACUACUACUUCCAACAAGCUUCUAACUUAUUCUUUAAAGGUAGAAAACGUGGCGGAGAAAGGUAGGCCUACACGAACCUCUUUUAAAGCGAUUAUCAUCAGAAUCACAUUUCAUAAAUGGCAAACCGUGUAUUCGUAUAUGGAACCCUCAAAACAGGCCAGCCCAACCAUUCUAUGAUUCCUGGAGCUGGAUCAGUACGCUGUCGAUUUUUCGGUACGGGCAAGACAGAAACAAAAUGGCCGCUGGUGAUUGCAACAAAAUACAACAUUCCUUUUCUCUUGGACUGUGAAGGAGAAGGACACAACGUCUAUGGCGAGGUGUACGAGGUCGAUGACGAUCUCCUUGCUCACCUCGACGAGGUAGAAGGUUGCCCUGAUAGUUACGAACGCAGAAAGAUCGUGAUAGGAAUGGACAAGAUAGCAGAUGGUUCUGAGCCGAAUACAUUAGAUUGCUGGUGUUAUCUACUACCAAGGUACAGACCAUCUGUACUGUCACUUGAGAAAUAUGAGAGCUACGACAGUAAUGGUGCCCACGGCAAGCAGUUCGACAAGACGAAGGGCCCGGGCGAGCCACUAGAGGCAGUCCACAAAGAGAUCGCCAUGUUACGUAUACGAUAGCAGAUGGGACAUCCCAGUAGACCGACAGCCGAGUAGGCUGACGUCCCAGUAGAACGGCCUCCAAAGAGAACGACAACCUAGUAGACCGAUAGACAAGAGACAAACAGACCAGUCUACCAACAGCCUGCGAGACCGACAGUCCCCGAGACAGAUGACCCAUUACACCGACAGCCCACGAGAACAACAACAACAUAGUAGACCGACAGCCUACGAGGCCGACAAUUUUGUUAUCAUGAAACUUGUUAAAAAUUGAUCAGACGUCCGCAAGACCGACAUGUCGGUCUCACGUCGGCUUUCGGUCCCAUGGGUUGCCGGCCUCGUUUUUCCUUUUUUGACUAUAUCUGCAGAGAAUUCGUAAUUUUGCACCCCAGUUGAAGAAAUUCACAGUACUUUGCUCUGUUGCAUUAAUAGAAGUACGAGGCUGUAAGGGGGUAGGGGGGGGGGGAGGAUCCCCGAUUAUUUUCAAAAUUCUAACAUUCAUCAACCAUUAUCUAUUAUCUCAUAUUCGGGAAUCGACAUGCCCACAUAUUUAUGAAUAUCAUUAUAUUUAUAUCAUUUUUAUAUCUAAGCUAGUGAAUUUUGAUGAUGGAAUAACAUUUUAAAGGAAUCAAGUUUUUCAUUUUAGCUUGCUCGCUCCGCUAAGUUGCACAAUCUUACAACAGGCUGAGUCUUGGCAACUGGAUCCCCCCCAAAUCCUAAUAUUCGGGCAGCGUCUAUUUUGAUGACGAAGUAUUAUCUUUACCGCAAUGAAAG